AUGGCAGACGAUAUCUCACGAGAAAGCCGGGACCGGAUUGAGGUCGAGGCCGAGAAGGAACGGAUUGAAAAUGUUGAACACAGUGCAUCCCCACAGCAAGACGGCCUAAAUCAGAUGGAUCCAGCUCGCCGGAUUGUUGUUGAGAAGAAGCUCAAGCGCAAAUUAGAUGCCCGUUGCAGCCUUUUUGUGGCAAUCUACAUUAUGAACUACCUCGAUAGAAAUAAUCUCGCAGCUGCUCGUCUCAAGGGUCUGCAGGAAGAUCUCAAACUCAGCAAUACCGACUACUCCACAUGCCUGAGUAUCCUCUAUGUCGGCUACAUCAUCAUGCAGGUACCUUCCAACAUGUUUAUCAACCGCAUAAGCCGGCCCUCUCUCUACAUAUCCGUGGCCAUGCUUUUGUGGGGUGUUGUUUCCACCUUGUCCGGCAGCACCAAGAAAUUUGGUGAUAUGGUGGCUGUCCGUUUCCUGCUGGGUUUUGUCGAGGCGGCUUUCCUGCCCGGCGCCCUACUCAUCCUCUCAAAGUGGUACACGCGCCGCGAAUUAACUACCCGGAACGCCCUUUUGUUCUGUGGUAGUCUUAUCUCCAAUGCAUUCUCUGCACUCGUUGGUGCCGGUGUCCUAUCCAACAUGGAAGGUGUCUUGGGCCACGCCGCCUGGCGCUGGCUCUUUUGGAUCGAGGGCUCAGUGACAAUGUUCCUCGCUCUUCUUGCUGCAUUUAUCUUGCCUGAUUUACCGCACAAUGCACGCGGAUUCACCGAGGAAGAGCGCCAAGUUGCGCAACUUCGCAUGCUCGAGGAUGUCGGCGAGGCUGACACCGACAGUGAAGAGCUUGGUGCCUUUGGAGGGUUAAAAAUGGCUCUCGUCGACCCCAAAAUCUACGUUAUGAUGUUUACCUUCGUAGCUUACGUGGUUGGACUCAGUUUUAAUGCUUUCUUUCCUACCCUCACUGGUACUCUAGGGUUCGGAUAUGUCCCAACUCUACUGAUGAGCGCCCCUCCCUGGGUUUUCUCCUGUAUUUUCUCCGUUGUCAACGCCUGGCACGCGGACAAAACACAAGAAAAGGUCUGGCACAUCAUUGGCCCCAUUGGAAUGGGAGCUGUUGGUUUUAUCAUCUGCAUGGCCACCAACAACGUCGCAGCUCGCUACGUCGCACUAUUCCUACAGGCUGGGUCCUAUGCUGGAUUCAUUGUAUUCUACUCGUGGAUCAGUUCUUCAUUCCCCCGUCCUCCCGCUAAGCGAGCCGUCGCCAUUGCCAUGAUUAACGCCUUCAGUCAGCUAGGCAACGUCGCUGGCUCUUACGUUUGGGAUUUGAAGAAUAAUGGGUUCCGCUCUAGCUACGGAAUCGUGCUGGCGAUGUUCGGUGUCACAGUCGGUGGAUGCUGGUAUUUCCGCUCGAUGCUGAUGGGCUUAAACCAACAACUCGAGGAGAGUGAGCUUGCUCAUGUUACUGGAACUGGGUCGACUGAGAAUGAUAUCCUCGAUAAUCCAGACGAAUCUCUGCGCAUGCGCAAGGGCUUUAGAUAUCUGGUAUAA